AUGGAUUUCAUCAACAAAGUUACUGGUGGUCAAAACACCGAAGGUCACCAACAGCCUACCACUCAACAAGGUGGCGGCUUGAUGGACAAGGUGAACAACACCCUUGGCGGUGGCCAAAGUGGCGAGCAAAAAGAGGGUGUCGACAUGUUCCAAGAGCGUGUGCUCGGCCAAGGUCCUCAAACCAACGAGUCCGCUAUCGAGCAAGCUAAGGACGAGCAGAUUUCUGACGCUAUCAGGAGUGGCUACAAGAGCAUGACUGGCAAGGACGUUCCCAUUCAGGACAAGUAA